CGCCAGUUCGAAGAACCAGUUCCGUGGCUCAAGCUGUAGUGCAUUUGAUGAUUUGAUUAAUGAUUUGAAUAUGACCAUAAACUUGGGCAAAAUGUUACUCAACUCAAGUGCAAAUAUUAGUAUUUAGGAGAUUUGUUAAGAUUGUACUGCCAGUUAAGCGAACCGUGGCAAUGAAUCAAGAACGCAAACGUAAACUGUAGUUCAGGUCCAUUGAACUAGUUCAGCGUUGAACUGCAGCACACAAACAUCAAUGUAUUUUUUACAUCUCUACACUGCUUCAUUUUUAUUUCACGGUGCAACAAAAUACAGAGGAGAAAGAAAGGGGGCUUCCGAAUUGAAUUAUCCAAAAUAAAUGCCAUGGACGCAGCUACAGCAGGGUCCCAACACACUGCGAACGAUAUGAAGCCACAAGCACCAAGCCAGCCGCCGGCCCCGGCGGUCGCAAAGGCAACAAACGAAAAUGGUGUACAAACAGGAGGAGCAAAAAAAUCAGAAACUAAAUCUGGCUCUGAAUCAACACAUUCUGAAAAGUGGCUGAAAAAGUGGAAAAGGUGUAGAAAUCAAAGGCCGAGGACCAUAUGCAGUGCCGAUCGGAAGACCAAGAAGACGUUCAUGUCCUUGCCCACGAGGAAGGAUGUGAUAGAUAAGGCUCACAAGUAUGGCCUGGCCGGCAACACCAUUGUCCUGGAGAGCAAUGGCUGCGAGAUCUGCGAGGAUGAGGUGCUCUUGUUUGCAGCCAAGGAGAAGAUUCUGCUAAUGCUGCUGGCCGAAACGGACGAAUAUGUAAUUCUGCCUCCGCCCUCGCCACUGAGCCGAUCGGAGCGUGCUGGCAGCUCGGUGGAUCCCAGUUUCUAUGCCAACAACAGUAUUGUAUCGAAUGCCAAUGACUCGACCGUCUCCAAUGACGAGACUCUGUCCCUGGCCAAAGACGUCAGGGCUGUUUAAAUAAUUUUCGAUACCUUGGAACAAGGUACCCAAUGAUAUAAUGAAAUUGCUGCGAGGAAAGCACAGCCUGGGCAAGCGCCUGAACACGUUUGGCAAUAUCCUUGUGUAUGCGGGUGUUUCGACAAGUGGCCCAGCAGGCGGCCGAAAAGUACCCAGAUUCGUUGCUGGAAAAGGAUCGCGAAGGUCAACUAAUAGCCACCACGCCCCAGUCUCUCAUCUCGAAAAUGUUAAACCGCAAAAAUGCCUUUCAGAUUCUACAUCAUCUAUUUCAGAUUUUCUCAAAGUUUCCAUUUUCGGAAGCCUUGGAAAAUUCUCUAUCAGAUGCGUGUAAUCAAAUUAGCCAAAGCUUUUACUCAGAAAGUGACUUUUGCCAACUCUUUUCGGCUGAGGCCCCGCCUUUUUUGUCAACUCGAUGGAAUGCUGUUAGGACUCUGCUAUCUGCACCUGCCGCUGGCGCAUUACCUGAGUGCUAGUACCAGUACCGACAACUCGUCACAAUAACAGGACAAGCCGCCCAAAACAAGCGGGCAUGUUUUGGGUCACUUAGGACAUUAUCAACACCUACUCGUCGUAGAAAAAAGAAACCUAACGACGGAUGCUCCAGAAGAGGAAUUUUCGCCUCGCGACAAUUUCAGGACAGAAGAUUUCCUUGUCCGAAAUCAUCGACAAUUUUCCACCGAAAUCACCGAAUAAUUUGAUUUUGAUGAAA